CACGAAACGAAUUCAAACGAAUUUAACUCUUGCCUUGUUUGCUUUUGCUUGUUCACAACACCAUAUUCGAUCGAGUCCGUAAUUUUCUUUGUUUGUUCCCUAUAGCAGUCUCAUAGAUUUCUUGCACAUGAGUAAAUCCAAAGUAUCUGCAGAAUGGAAGAAGAGAGUGAAAUCGGAGUACAUGAGGCUGCGGCAAGUCAAGCGAUUCAAGCGAGCAGACGAAGUGAAGGUGGCUUGGGCCCGAAAUUUGCGGAUAAUGUCGGAAGCAAUAGAAAACCGGGAGAAUGAAACUAGCGAGCGAGGUCGCAGACCUUUCUGGCCCCCGCCGGCGCCGGCGCCUAACCAUGAAAGCUUGAUGAAGCGGGCUGAGGUGUCUUAUACUGAUGCGUCCGGAGUGGUGACAACCCAGCAAGUACCGAUCCGCAUUUUCAACUCUGUCAACCCGAUCCCCACCAUGUACACCUGGGCGCCCACUCAGAAGAACUUCAUGGUGGAAGACGAGACGGUCCUACACAACAUCCCGUACAUGGGAGACGAAGUCCUGGACCAGGACGGUACAUUCAUCGAGGAGCUCAUAAAGAACUACGACGGGAAAGUGCAUGGCGACAAAGAGGGCGGUUUCAUCGACGACCAGCUGUUCGUGGAGCUCGUUCAGGCUCUGACCGCCUUCCAGACCAGGGACGAGGUGGCGGACGAGCGCCGCUCCCGGGACGACACAGAUAAAGACAAGGACGCCAACAAGGAGCAGAAAGAGAAGGACAAAGAGGAGAAGGCGGACAAUAAACAGUUCCCGAUCUUCACCAUAUUCCAGGCCAUCAGCUCGCAGUUCCCAGACAAAGGGACGCCACAGGAGCUCAGGGAGAAAUACAUCUCGCUGACGGCGGCGCGCGACCCGCACGGGCGGCCGCCCGAGUGCACGCCCAACAUCGACGGGCCGCUGGCCGAGUCCGUGUCGCGCGAGCAGACCAUGCACUCCUUCCACACGCUCUUCUGCCGGCGCUGCUUCAAGUACGACUGCUUCUUGCACCGGCUCCAAGCGUGCCACCCCGGCCCGAAUCUCACCAAGCGGAAGGGGCCGGACCUCAAGCCGUUCUCGGAGCCCUGCGGCCCGAGUUGUUAUAUGUUAUUGGAAGGAAUGCGUGAAAAGUUGGCCCUUGAAAAGGCGGCUGGUGAGGAAGCGGGCAAAGGGAGCAAAGCAAUGGACUCUCCCAACGAUGCCUCCUCAGAAGACAGCAACGAUAGCAAUCGGUUUCAGAAAGGCAGCAACAGCAACUCCAGCAACAGCAACUGGAGCAACACCGGCAUCAAGCCCGUUGGAGACGGCGACGCCGCAUACAACGCGCUCGGUUUAACCGUGGGCGAUAUUGACGCAGAAUGGACCGGCUCGGACCAAUCUCUGUUUAGAGCGCUCCACAAGGUUUUCUUCUCAAACUACUGCGCCAUCGCUCAAGUGAUGCUGUCCAAGACUUGUCAACAGGUAUACACGUACUGGAUCAACACCGGCCAAGAAGAGUGCCGCGUGGAAGCGGAGCUGACUCCGCCGAGGAAGAAGAAGAAGAAGCACCGCCUGUGGUCCGUCCACUGUCGCAAGAUUCAACUGAAGAAGGACUCCGCUUCGCACCACGUCUAUAACUACACGCCGUGCGAUCACCCCAACCAGCCGUGCGACAGCAUGUGCCCGUGUCUUCAGUCGCAGAACUUCUGCGAGAAGUUCUGCCAAUGCAGCAGCGACUGUCAGAACCGGUUCCCCGGCUGCCGCUGCAAGGCGCAGUGCAACACGAAGCAGUGCCCGUGCUACCUCGGCGUGCGCGAGUGCGACCCCGACCUGUGCGCGGCGUGCGGCGCGGCCGGCUGCAGGAACGUCAGCGUGCAGAGGGGUCUACACAAGCACCUUCUAUUAGCGCCGAGCGACGUCGCCGGCUGGGGGAUCUUCCUGAAGGAGGCCGCUCACAAGAACGAGUUCAUCUCGGAGUACUGCGGCGAGAUCAUAUCUCAGGACGAGGCCGACAGGAGGGGGAAGGUCUACGACAAGUAUAUGUGCAGUUUCCUCUUCAAUCUCAAUAAUGAUUUCGUGGUGGACGCCACCCGCAAAGGCAACAAGAUCCGGUUCGCGAACCACUCCAUCAACCCGAACUGCUACGCCAAGGUGAUGAUGGUGAACGGAGACCACCGCAUCGGCAUCUUCGCCAAGAGAGCUAUACAACCCGGAGAGGAACUGUUCUUCGACUACAGAUACGGGCCAACUGAGCAGCUGAAAUUUGUUGGUAUCGAGCGGGAGAUGGAAUUCUUAUGAGAGCAACCCAAACUGUGAUGUGGUCCGGAAUGAUCCAGAGACUACUCUUUUGAUGGACUUUCUACCAUCAGCAUAGAUAUAAUCACGUCUUUACCCCUUACGGGGUAGAGAGAGCCAACUGUAUGGCUUUAAGAUGGAUAACUACUUACAUACAUACAUAAAAUCACGCCUCUUUCCCGGAGGGGUAGGCAGAGACUACCUCUUUCCACUUGCCACGAUCUCUGCAUAUUUCCUUCGUUAUUUCAUAACUACUUACUACGAUGAAAUUUGCCUUAAAAAUUGCUACAAUACAUUAUUCCAAAAUAACUAUCGUUCCUUAUAAGCGUUAAUCGCUGUCACAUCCUCACCCCUCUGGGGAGGAUCCCUGGGUGCAUAAUUAUAGGAUUAGGUAAGUCACGUUUUUACACGAAGCGAUGAAUGUGCUAAUUCCCUUAGUCGCCAUUUAUGACAUGGACAAUGGAUAGAGGUGGAGUUGUCUCAUUCUAAAAUAUCGGGCCUUAACUAAGUAAAUUCUUUUCAGUCUUAUUAAUUUUAAGCUUAAAUUGUGAUAAUUAACGUGGUUGGAUGAAUCUGAUUUUAUAAUAUCUAGUUUAGUCAAUUUAUUGGAAGUAUUUAAAGAAGUAAGCAUUUAUAAGACGGUAAUUUGUUACAUGAUGUUCAGUAUCUUGAAUACAUACAUACAUAUAAUCAAGUCUUUAUGCCUUACCACCCACACGGGGACUUUUGGCAUGACAAUUAUCCAGUUAUGUAGUUUCUUGAAUGCCGUAGCUAGUAAAAGGCUGUAAUUAAUAAAAUGGACUGAAUCAAUGUAAUUGGAACAUUCGGUAGGUAGUUGUUUAUGCUAUUAUAUAUUGUAUAAGGUUUCAAUGUAUUUUUCAAUAAAGUUUUGUAUGCAAUACAA